CUUUGUCCCUCUUCAGAUUACUUCUGAGCACUUGGCUGCUUUCUCUUAUCUUUGAAAUUCUUGUGAAAAAUGGUGUCUUUUCCUAUGGAAUUUAAGUGGGUUUUCUUGGGUAUUUCUCUAAUGUUGGUUGGUUUGGUUAGCUCUUCAAGAUUUGAGGAGCUGUAUCAGCCCAGCUGGGCAACAGACCAUUUGACAAAUGAAGGAGAAAUUCUCAGGAUGAAAUUGGACAACCUUUCUGGUGCUGGAUUUUCAUCAAAGAACAAGUAUAUGUUUGGGAAAGUUACUGUUCAGAUUAAGCUUGUAGAAGGUGACUCUGCUGGAACUGUCACUGCUUUCUACAUGUCAUCAGAGGGACCAACCCACAAUGAGUUUGAUUUUGAGUUUCUAGGCAACACUACUGGCGAACCAUACUCUGUACAAACCAAUGUGUACGUAAAUGGUGUGGGUAACAGAGAACAAAGAUUGAACCUUUGGUUCGACCCAUCCAAGGAAUUCCACUCCUAUUCCAUCUUGUGGAACCAACGCCAAGUUGUAUUCUUAGUAGAUGACACCCCAGUUCGUGUACACUCAAAUUUGGAGCACAAGGGAAUUCCAUUUCCAAAGGACCAACCCAUGGGUGUGUACAGUUCAAUAUGGAAUGCAGAUGAUUGGGCUACACAAGGCGGAAGGGUCAAGACUGAUUGGUCACAUGCACCCUUUAUUGCAUCCUACAGAGGAUUUGAGAUUGAUGGCUGUGAAUGUCCAGCAACUGUUGCAGCUGCUGAGAAUUCUAAGCGGUGCAGCAGCAGUACUGAGAAAAGGUAUUGGUGGGACGAACCAACAAUGUCUGAGCUGAGUCUGCACCAGAGCCAUCAGUUGAUUUGGGUCAGGGCUAACCAUAUGGUCUAUGAUUAUUGCACAGACACUGCUAGGUUCCCUGUUGCUCCGGUUGAGUGCCAGCACCACCAGCACAAGACCCGCAACUAGUCCACAUCUGUUGCUCUGCUUGGGAAUUGGGGUUCACUCUUGCAUUGUAUAAAAGAUAAAAAAAGAAAAAGACAUGAACUCCAUGUUGUUACAUAAUUUUGGUUAUCUACUUUUAGUUUGUAAAAAUUUAAUCUCUGUUUAAUGUUCAUGCCUUUUAAUGGAGUAUUUUUCAUAUGCAUUCUAUA